CUGUUUACCCCUCUUCACAGACCGCCAAGAUGUUGAUCCCUAAGUCGUCCUUCGAAGUCCUCGAAGACACUAAGCCAAAUGACGUCUCACUCCCCGCGUUUAUGGUCUCAACCUCCCGGGGCUUCCUUGCGCGUAUGAACCCUAUCGUCGUUCUCCCGCCUGAGUUUGAAGUAGUUGAGAAGCUACUUCAGGCGAUGCCUGUCCUGACCUUGUCGGGCGAGCCUGGGCUCCUUGCCAAUGGUCAGCUGGGCGACACUGUAUUGCAAGAUCUCCCAGACCUUACCGACGAGGUUGAGAAGUACCGUGAUAACCUUCCUAUCAUGAAUGCUCUCUAUCGAGACUACUCUUUCCUAGCUUCAGCAUUCCUCCUAGAGCCAUGUCAUAUGAGGUUCAUCAAGGGUGAACCAUAUGGACUUGGCAGGUCCUUCCUCCCAGCACAGCUAUCCCGACCAAUCGUUCGCUGUGCCGAACUCGCGGGAUUCAAGCCGUUCAUGGAAUAUGCCGGCUCAUAUGCUUUGUUCAACUAUCGUCUUCAGGACCCAGAGGCUGGUCUAGAAUAUUCCAACCUCCGCCUCAUCCGAGCUUUUGAACAUGGCCUUGACCCCACUUCAUCAGAGGCUGGAUUCGUACUUGUCCAUAUUGACAUGGUGAAGAACUCUGGCCCUUUGGUGCACGGCACGAUGGCGGCUUUGAAAGCGCUCGAGAAUGCCGAUGGCCUCUCGCCCCGACAGCAGCGACAAGCAUUCAAUGAGGGGAUGCGUUCUGUCGUAGGCGCCAUGCAGAAGGUCAACAAUGUCAUGGAGACCAUGUGGAUGAAGUCGAAGCCGCGUUCCUACACAAGCUUCCGCACUUUCAUCUUCGGCAUUACAUCGCAGUCCAUGUUCCCAGACGGCGUGGUGUACGAGGGCAUCAACGAGGGCAAGCCUAUGAGUUUCAGAGGGGAGAGCGGUGCCAACGAUACCAUGAUUCCUUUGAUGGAUAACCUCCUGCAGGUCCAGAUGCCAGAUACGCCACUCACUGAGAUCUUAAAGGACUUCAGGGACUACCGUCCAAGUAACCAUCGCCAGUUCCUCGGCGAGGUUAAGAAAUGCUCCGAGGAUCUAGGUGUCAAGGAUUUCGCACUUUCUAUUGAUGUCGAACGCACCUCGUCGCUUGAAGCAGAGGACCUGGAGUCGGUGAAGGAAUCUCGACGCCUUUGGCUCCAGGCCUUGAACCAAGUCCGCGAUUUCAGGUGGCGUCAUUGGUGUUUUGCUCGCGAGUAUAUCCUUAAACAGACAUCCCACCCUACAGCAACCGGUGGCAGCCCAAUCGUGACAUGGUUGCCGAAUCAACUGCAAGCCGUGAUGGAGGAGAUGAAGGAAAUAUCGGAUAGCGUCGGCGCAUUGAACGGUUCUACGGAUCUUGGCGCUGGGUGUCGGGAUAUCAUGGACCUUGUCGAAAGACAGAGUCAAACGCUGAACAAGGAGGUGGAGAAAUAUUGCCUUGAACGUGGCGUCGGUGUUAAUUAAAUAGGGGUAAUGUCUCAGUCUGGCUUACGUCACCCCCGCACCCUACAGAGUGCGUUAGGGACGGAUUGGCUGCCAACGCUUACUUCAACGCCUGCCAAUAAUUGUUUGAUAUUAGCGAUCUCAUCAACACGUG